GCUCUUAUUUACAAAAAAUCAAAAUGGCGGGUACAAUUGUUGCUUCCGUGUCAAAAUAUCUUCUAAAUCACGGAUUUUAUAAAUAAUAACACUCGUAUAUAAAUUCAAAAUAAUAGACAGUUAAACCUAGUGUGAGUUUUAGUAUUUUUAUUGAGAUACGAGAAUGGAGAAAGUUUCUUCGUACACCGGUGCCGUUCUAGGCAAGCUGGAUAAAUUCAAAAGUGCUGCAGUGAGCGCCACUGUGACCGCUUACUGCGCCACGAAAAGUGCUGUCGGUGCCGUGGGAGCUUUGGUCGGUAAUCCCCUCACCAAGGAUUACGAAGUCGGGAAACAUGUGGCUAGUUUUGGGCCCAAUCUGGCUUGGAAAGUGUUUGAAGGAAAGGCCAAGACAACCGGGCAGGAAGCUUCACUUGUCGUAUUUGAGAAGAGACUUCUUGACACUGUUGACAAACGGGAUAGAGAUGUUGUACUGGAGCUCAUGAAAAAAGGUGCUGUCCAGUUGACCCGGCUCAGGCAUCCACGGUUACUCCUAAUACAACAUGCCAUGGAAGAGUCAAGAGACUGCUUAGCAUUUGCUACAGAGCCCAUUUUUGCCAGCUUGUCUAAUGUUCUUGGCAGACAUGAUAACAUGCCAUCUCCUCCACCACCUGAGUUUGCGAAUUUUGAAAUGUAUGAUGUGGAGCGAGUUUAUGGCCUAUAUCAGUUGGUAGAAGGCCUGAUGUUCCUCCACAAUGAUGCCAAGAUCCUUCAAGGCAAUCUUAGCCCUGAGAAUAUUGUGAUCACUAAAAAUGGCCAAUGGAAAAUCGCCGGUCUCUUCUUUAGUUCUACCCCAACUAUUGUUGAGGGACAGUCUACCUAUAGUGGAUGUGAGUGGGAGCCACGCCUUUACCCUCUUGCCCAACCUGAUCUAAAUUAUGCAGCACCAGAGUUCAUCUUGUCAAGGACAUGUGAUACCUCAAGUGAUAUGUACUCUCUGGGUGCUCUGAUCCAUGCAGUGUACAACAAAGGUGCCCCUCCCUACCAAUGUGAUAAUAACAUGACAGCCUUCAAGAGAAAUGUGGAACAGAUGUCCAAGUCACAUGCUAGUCUAGGGAGCGUGCCUGGCUCCUUAAAGAGCCAAGUUCAUAGUCUUCUGAGCAUGACACCAUCCCUUAGACCAGACUGCCAUCAGAUGGCCAAGAUUCCCUUCUUUGAGAAUGUGGCUGCCCUGACAUUACAGUACUUGGAUUCGCUGAUGCAAAGAGAUGAUGUGGCUAAGACUCAAUUCUUUAAAAGUCUCUACAAAGUGAUGCCCAAGCUACCCAGGAGGGUCGUCAUGCAGCGUGUGCUCCCUCAGCUCUGUCUUCAGCUCUCCAACCUACAGGUUAUCCCAUUUGUCCUGCCAAAUAUCCUGCUGAUUACAGAAGACUGCACAGCCGAAGAGUACACCAAGCUAAUUUUGCCUGAGCUUAAACCAGUCUUUAAGGUCCAGGAACCAGUCCAGGUCACAAUAAUCUUCCUGCAGAAGCUAGACCUACUUCUUAGCAAAACACCAAAGGACUCUGUACGGGAUGAUGUCCUACCCAUGGUGUUCCGUGCUUUAGAGGCCUCCUCCAUACAAAUUCAGGAAAUGGUGUUGAAUGUUAUCCCAAAAUUUGCCAGUAUGGUUGACUAUCCAUCAAUGAAGAAUGCUGUUAUCCCUAGGAUUAAGACUCUGUGUUUACAGACUUCAUCACUAUCUGUGCGUGUCAAUUGCCUGGUAUGCUUUGGAAAGAUCCUGGAGCACCUUGACAAGUACCUAGUGAUUGAGGAUAUCUUGCCAUUCCUGGCACAAAUUCCAUCUAGGGAGGCACCAACUCUCAUGGCUAUACUGGGCAUAUUCAAGCAGACCAUGGUUCACAAGAAGCUUGGUAUGGACAAGGAUUACCUAGCAAUGAGGGCCAUACCAUAUUUGUUCCCUCUCGCAGUAGAGCCAUCACUGAACCUGAAACAGUUUUCCCAAUACAUGAAAUUGCUUGGGGACAUGAUCAAGCGUGUGGAGGUGGAGCACAAAGCUAAACUUGAACAACUCGGCAAAAUGCAGGAGCAGACACAGUCAUCGUUGAAGUUUGCACAAGAAGUCCAAGAAGCCAAGCAACUUGAUGAUUUGGUGUCCAAGAUUGAUAGAGCAUUUGCUGAGGGUCAACCCCUUCCAGAGGAGCAACAGAGUACUAAAAAAACUGGGUCUCCAGCUAAAAGUAAUGCAACCAAUAACACCGAGUUCAAUAAGCUGUUUGGUCUAGAAGAUGAUUCUUCAAAGGGUGCCAAUCUGAAUGGGGAUCUUCUUAGUGUGUCCGAAUUGUCCAUGUUGAAACCUGCUUCCUCUGAUACUAACAAGAAACCCUCACCCUCACAAGCUUCUUUCUCGCAACCGUCAACAUUACGGAAUUCACCUUCAUCGUCAUUACGGAAUUCACCUUCAUCGUCGAUGGACCAGCUGUUCCAGCAAAAGCAAGCGCCCAUGGGUGGUACCACGCCCAAUACUAUGGGGUCUGCCUUGAAUUCCUCGAUGCCGAUGCUUGGUGGUAACACCCCAUCUGGUGGUGGUGCUAUGACCAGCAUGCGCUCAUCAGGAAUAGCUUCUGGCUCCAAUACGUGGGGUACGUCUAUGUCAAACAACUCCAGUAUGGGAUCAAUAGGGAUGUCUUACGGAUCCAACAUGGGAAGCCAAAGAACUGGAGGAUCAUUCAAUACAGGAACAAUGUCUGUCGGUGCAUUCAACACUGGCGCAGCACCGAGCAGUACGUUCAGUACUUCUACUUUUUCUAGUGGGUACGGAAAUUUCGGAGCUAUGUCAUCGUCUGGUAAUUUGAACACUCUGGGGGCAUCUAACAGUAUGGGCGUGAUGCCUGGAGGGGGUGCUGGUAUUGGGAAGAGUAGACCCCUGGAAACCAAGCCUGUUGGUCCUUCCUGGACACCAUCAAGCGGCUUGAGUCGGACAGAGCAGGGGAAGACGACUAAUGUGCUUGACACGCUGUUCGCCCCGGAGAUGAGUCACUUACAGAAUAAGAGCAAGAAGUCGCUCAGUGCUCUGCAGAGUCAACAAGGACCUCAAGGCUCGGGUACGAUGGGCAUGAGACCGCAGUACGGCAGUGGUGCCAUGACGUCGUCAUCCGGGCCCUUUAUACAGCCGCAAGGAAUGACGGGUAAUGUCAUGAGACCUCAGCCGCCUCCGUUCCAGUCUACCCCUCAAGGUGGAUCAGCCAAUGAUCUGAAGGACAUAUUUGGCUAAAAUAUUACCUAAAGACACGGUCCAUCAGGCUUUUAUUUUGAUGGGAUGACCAGAUGACAUUAUAAAUUUCAGUCUCUCGUAUGUCAUUGCCGUUCUGGAUAUGCCGAGAACGGCUGCACAAGAGAAUAGCUAUAUCUCAACCCAUUAGUUUGAAGACCAUGAGUUCUUUUGUAUUAUUUCUAGAGUCGUACCUGAGCCAAAUAAUAUAAAAGAUGGGAGUCGUUAUAGGGGAAUCCGGCAAAAUGUGGUCACAAAUUGGCUAUCAUUUCUGGUUGACCGUUUGAUAGGGUGUUUAAACAAGGAAAUUUUACGCUCCGGGGCGUCUAUACGCCGCGCUGGAUUCAUUUGACCGUUUAACAGGGAUCAGGUAUAUGGAGAAACAAUGUGGGGCUUUAGUAUUUGGAUGGUGCCUUUAUUGUUAUGUGUACAUGUAGUAGACUUUUGUUGCAGUCAUUAUACACGAUCACAAGAACACAGCUGAUACUAAACGAAAAUAUUCUUAUUUAGGCUAUGAACAAACGCCGUUCUUUUGAUGUACCGUUCCAAAUGCAAAUGUAUCAUUUGUUUUAAGUAAAUAUUUGAAUUUGCAUUUGGAACGGUUUAUCAAUAAUCUAUAAAUAAAGAUUAUUGUAUUGUAUUAUAUUAAUUUUGAAACGAUACACCAGAAGAACGCCGUUUGUUCAAGGCCUAAGUGGCCAUUGUUACUUAGCCUGCGUAGCGGCAAAUAGAUUGGUAUACGUCAUGAAUGCAGAUAGAAAUCAAAGUCAGAAACAUAGUAUAUUAUAAUGCAGGUUAUAAGAAUGGGAUCGGGAAAGAAAUCUUGAUGACCAAGA